CGACUUCCAGGGCUAAAUAAAAUGCGGGUUCGAAUGUUGCUUCCCGGCGGCCGGCAGCCGCGCAGUCGCCCAGAGACCAGGUGGACAGACUGACGGUCCUUCUGGGGGCAUCUUUGGGAGCAGGACUCUUCUGACCCCCUCCCGUGGCUCUCUGUGAACCAAGAUCCUUCAGGUGCCCGUGCUUGCCCGAGGAGGAGACGGAGACGAUGAACAGUUCGGCCCACCUCGACCUGGGCCUGGGCCUGGGCCUAGGCCUGGAUCCGGGCCCGGUCCCCACCUCGGCCUGGGCGCGGGCCUCCAACAGCUCGGGCGCGGACGUGAGCCCGCCGCCGCCGCCACCACCCGGGCCCCUGCCCGUGGCCACCCUGGCGGCGUGCGCGGCGCUGCUGGCCCCCGCGUGCUGCCUGGGCGCCUACGGCAACUGCCUGGCGCUCGGCUCGCUGCUGCCGCCCGGGCCCCGGCCGCGCGCCCUGGCCCGCGCCGACCCGCUGGCGCUCAGCCUGGCGCUCGGCGACCUGUUCCUGUGCGCGGUGGCGGCGCCGGGCUUCGCGCUGCUGCUGCUGCUGCGGCCGUUGGCGGGCUUUCCGGGGCCGCCCGCCGGCCUCUGCGCCGCGCUGCGCCUCGCCAGCGCCGGCUGCGUGCUCGCCUCGCUGCAUUCGGCCGCGGCCAUCGCGCUGCAGCGGCUGCGGCUCGUGCGGGGCCCCAGGCCCGGCGCCCGGCUCGGCCCGCCCGGCUCGGCGCUGCUGCUCGCGCUGCUGCUCUGGGCCGGCGGGCUGGCGCUCGCGGCGCUGGCCACGCGCGCCCCGGCCCCGGCCCCGGCCCGGCCGCGCCUGUGCCUGCCGCUGGCCGGGCCCGCCGCGAGCCACGACGACGACGACCAGGCCCACCGCGACGACCCGGACGAGCGCGGGCACGGCCGGGCCGCGCGGGCGCUCUACGCCGCCGACCUGCUGGGCUGCGUGGCCGUCGUGGCCGUGUCCUACGCGCUCAUCGCGCGGGCGCUGCGCAGGAACGCGCGGGCCCGGAGAGGAGGGGUCCCGGGGGCGCACGGGGGCGUCCAGGCCCAGAGCUCCCCGCCGGGGGCGCAGGGCGGCGGUUGCAUCCGCACCCGGACCCGAGCCCGGACGCCCAGCCCCGGGCCCGCGCUGGCGGCCAGGGACUCGCAGGCCGUGCUCACCUGCGUGGCCAUCGCGGCCUCGGCGCUGCUGUGCUGCCUGCCGCUGGCCGUGGCGCUGCUGCAGGGCCUGCUGGCCGCGGGGCGCUCGCCGCUGGAGCCCCUGGGCUUCGCGCUCGUGCUGCUCAAGUCCGGCCUCGACCCGUUCAUCUACGCGCGCAACAGCGCGGGGCUCCGGCGCCGGCUGCUCUGGGCGCUGCAGCUGCUGGGCCCCGGCUGGGCCUGCCGGCGGCACAAGACGCGCGUCCGGGCCCUGGGCCAGGGCGGCCUGGAGGCCAACAGGAACAAGGCCUCGCACCACGACACCAACUCGGCCUACGUGCUGUCCCCCCGCGCCCAGAGGAAGGGCGUGGACCAGGCGUGCGGGCCCAGCCAGGCCGGGGAGCCCGGGACGGGCAGCCCCCAGGGCACCACCGGGCAUCCCCGCCGCCUGGGCUCCAGCCCCGUCCACACCCGCGUGGAGCCCUGUUACAGCGUCUACAGCAGCAGCAGCCCGGCGCCCGGUGUCCGUGGGUCCCGCCACUCGCGGCCUGGCCGCCCCCUGGCCUGGACCUCUUCGUACCUGGCCUUGCACUGUCACCCCACUCGCGAGCGCCUGCCCGAGCGGGACAGCACGUCCGCCAAGCAGAUCCCAGUCCCGUCCGUGUAAAGAAUCUCAUGCAGUUGGGCCCUGGUACGAAU